AUGAAUUUUAUCCAAUAAAAAAUAAAAAGUGUAGAUUUUGUAAUAAUUAGAGGUCCAACUGGAUGGAAAAUAAAAUUCUUAAAUUAAAUAGGAACAAUAGACACUCCUACUAGUGGAACAAUAAUUUUAUUAAUAAUUAAUAUGAUAAGAUUAUUGGGUCAAGAAGUCAAUAAAUUAUCAAAAGAUUCUUAUUUGAGUCAACUAAGAUUGUGCUCUAAAAAAUUUAAUUUAAUAGCUACCUAUGACAGCUUAUGA